GAAUAUUAGUACAGAGCUGGAAAAAAGAGGGUUCUGUCUAGUAUGAAUUUCUAUUCAUCCCUGAUCACACAAUGCGCACACACAAAAUCCUUAACUACCCUUAGAGCAGUUCAUGCACAUGUUAUCAGUUCUGGUUUCUCGUACUGUUUGUUGGGCCACAAGCUCAUUGAUGGCUACAUCAAAUGCGGUAGUGUAGCUGAAGCACGCAAGCUGUUUGAUGAAAUGCCUGAGAGACACAUAGUUACUUGGAAUUCGAUGAUUUCUGCUCAUGUCAGCCAUGGGAAGAGCAAACAAGCUGUUGAGCUCUACGGGAACAUGCUUGUGGAGGGUGUUUUACCUGAUGCCUACACUUUCUCUGCUAUCUUUAAGGCCUUUUCGGAGUUGGGUCUUGUACGCUAUGGCCGAAGGGCACAUGGGUUGGCGGUGGUUCUCGGUUUGGAGGUAUUGGACGUGUUUGUUGCUAGUGCUCUUGUUGAUAUGUAUGCCAAAUUUGAUAGAAUGAGGGAUGCCCAUUUGGUGUUUGACCGGGUUUUGGAGAAAGAUGUGGUCUUGUUUACUGCAUUGAUUGCGGGUUAUGCGCAGCAGGGUCUUGAUGGGGAAGCUCUUGAGGUUUUUCGGGAAAUGGUUGAUAGGAGAGUCAAGCCUAAUGAGUAUACUCUGGCAAGCACCUUAGCUAGUUGUGGUAAUCUAGUGGAUUCGAUUAAUGGUAAGUUGAUUCAUGGUUUUAUUGUUAAGUCUGGUCUGGAAUCUUUUGUUGCUUCACAGACUUCACUCCUCACCAUGUAUUCAAGAUGUAACAUGGUUGAGGAUUCUGUAAAGGUGUUCAAUCAGCUUGCUUAUGCAAGCCACGUGACUUGGACAUCUUUUGUAGUUGGUCUUGUGCAAAAUGGGAGAGAGGAGGUUGCUGUGUCAGUAUUCAGGGAAAUGAUUCGGUGUUCAGUAAGUCCAAAUCCUUUCACAUUGUCCAGCAUUCUUCAAGCAUGUUCUAGCCUUGCAAUGCUUGAGGUAGGGGAACAAAUCCAUGCCAUAACUACAAAACUAGGAAUGGAAGGAAAUAAGUAUGCUGGUGCAGCACUGAUUAAUCUGUAUGGAAAAUGUGGAAAUGUAGACAAGGCAAGGUCUGUUUUUGAUGUGUUAACUGAGUUAGAUUUAGUAUCCGUCAAUUCAAUGAUCUAUGCUUAUGCCCAAAAUGGUUUCGGGUAUGAGGCUCUUCAGCUUUUCAAAAGAAUUAAAAAAUUGGGACUUGCACCAAAUGGUGUGACAUUUAUUAGCAUUCUCUUGGCAUGCAACAAUGCAGGAUUAGUUGAAGAAGGCUGUCAAUUAUUUGCUUUCAUGAAGAAUAAUCACAAUAUUGAGUUGACAAGAGAACACUUUACUUGUAUGAUUGAUUUGCUAGGACGAUCUAAGAGAUUUGAAGAGGCUGCAAUGUUGAUAAAGGAAGUGACAAAUCCAGAUGUUGUACUAUGGAGGACACUGCUGAACGCAUGUAGGAUUCAUGGAGAGAUAGAGAUGGCUGAGAAAAUUAUGAGAAAAGUUCUUCAGCUUGCUCCUGGUGAUGGAGGGACGCAUAUCCUCUUGACAAAUCUUUAUGCUUCAGCUGGAAAAUGGAACCAGGUUAUUGAGAUGAAAACCACAAUAAGAGAUUUGAAAUUGAAGAAAAGUCCGGCAAUGAGUUGGGUUGAUGUUGAUAGAGGGGUUCAUACUUUUAUGGCAGGAGAUAUGUCUCACCCAAGAGCUCAUGAGAUUUUUGACAUGUUGCAUGAGUUAAUAGAGAAGGUCAAAACUCUGGGUUAUAGUCCUGAUACCAGAUUUGUGUUGCAGGAUUUGCAUGAAGAGAAGAAGAUGAGUUCUUUAUAUUAUCACAGUGAAAAAUUAGCUAUAGCUUUUGCUUUGUGGAAGACUUGUGGCAGGACUACUGCUAUCAGGAUUUUUAAGAAUCUUAGAGUUUGUGGGGACUGUCACAGUUGGAUAAAAUUUGUUACUUUACUUACUGGGAGAGAUAUUAUUGCUAGAGAUUCAAAGAGAUUCCAUCAUUUUAAAGGAGGACUAUGCUCCUGUAAAGAUUAUUGGUGAAGAAUCACUUUUUUGUAUCAUAGACCAUCCAGAUGCUCACUUACUACACCUCAUGUGUAGCCUGUGAAGGUAAGAUAACCAUGCAUAAUUGAGCAUCUGGCCCCUUGUCUUGCCAUUACUUUAACUAAUUAUACCAUCUCCAACACAGACCUGUGCUCAAUGCUUACAUGAAGGAAUUCCUCAUCUGUCCCCUUGGUCUUCUUGAUAACAAGCCAAUUAACACCCCUAGGGAUCUCAAUGUCAAGCCAUUUCCCAAUCAGGGGGAGCCUUAUCCUGAUCCAGGAAGAUUUCGGAGACUAGUGGGCAAGUUGAAUUAUCUCACCAUGAUCAUACAUUGAUCCAAGAAGUUAUCAAUGUAGCAAGACAUCUUUCUAAGUCAUUGGCAAGUCGUUAUUUGUAUUCUUCAAUGUCAAAAGGUCACUUGGAAAGGGACUUGUUUACCCAAACCGGGGCUACACUGAAAAUUGUUGGACACUCUGAUGCAGAUUAGGCUGGAGGUUCGACUCAUAGACUAUCUACUUCAUGCUGUUGUAUUCUUAUGGGCGGACGGAAACCUUAUCUUGUGGAAAAGUAAGAAGCAAAGUGUGGUAGCUACAUGAAGUACGUAUCGGAGUAGGUAAUAACUCACAAAACUUAUGAGCUCUUGUGACUAAAACAUUUGAUUCAAUAAUUGUAGUUAUGUGAUGUUGGUCCUAUGGUGCUGAUGUGUGAUAACCAAUCAGCUUUGCAUCUCUCCUCCAGCCCAGUUUUUAAUGAGAUAGUAAAACAUACAAAAGUUGAUUGUCAUUUUAUCCGAGAGAUUUCAAAAGAUUUGUUUGCUCUAAGGGUGAGGUUUCACUAAAUCGU